AUGUGGGAUGCCUUUGUUCGUUUGCGUUUGCGUUUGUUUGCGUUUGUCCGUUCGCAUUCGUUUCGCAGGUCAGGUCACCUGGAGAGCAGACUGGGUGGUCAGGAGAGGCUGAUGACCGUGUUGUUGGAGCAGGCCUUCAGGAUUAAAGAGGAUGUGGUUUCUAGCCUUCGUUCCGCUCAGGGCUCUGUUUUGAUGGAAACUUCUGCCCGGAAAUUGCUGGAAAACCACGUCCUGACCAUCACCCACAUCGUUAAACAGCUCAGCAAGGACAUCAAGGUGUUGGAGGCUCAGAUUGUCCAGAGAGACAGCGUCACUGCAGGGACCAGUUUGGCUGUGCACAGUCUGGACCAUAAGAACCUGGCUGGUAUUGGUGACCUCAGAGGAAGAGUGGCAAGGUGUGAUGCCAGCAUUGUAAAACUCUCGGCUGAUGUGGCAACAGGAGGGCAGGAUAUCCUGAGACUGAAACAGGAGGUGUCCGAGUUACGCACAGGUCUGGAGAUGCGUCUAAGAAGCAUGGAAGUGAAGCUGACUGAUGCUCUGAAGAAACUGGAAACCUCCCAGUCAGACCAGUUGCAGAGUCACAGCAACGCAAUUACAGAGCUACAAAAAGAAAUUCAGCAGCUAGAGAGCAAGACCUUUAGCAGUCUCAGGGAGAUGAGAGAGGAAACAUCCAGACUCAGAGAGUGGACCAAUCAGCAGUUACAAUCUUCAGCCCAGAGACACACACAUACCAGCCAACAGCUAGAAACACUGCUGAAAGACAAAAUGGUCGAGUCUGAGGGGAAUCUAAAGGAACAGGUUCGUUUCCUGGCGUCUCAGAUGGAGCGGAUGGAGAAGCAGGCUGAGAAAGAGCAGAUGUCCGACAGGCUCAGAUGCUCCGAGACCAAACUCAAAAGCAGAAUCAGUGCUCUGGAAAAGAGUCACUCAGACCAACUGGACCAGAUCAGGCGGGAAUACCAGACCGGAUUCCAGGCCAUUCACGACGCCAUCGAGUCCCUGAGACGGAUCGGAGACUGCAAGGCCCGGCUGGAGAAAGGAGAACUCCAAAAGGACAUCAGACAGAUGCGGCGGAAGAUAGUUCAGAUGCAAGAGAUCUGA